AUGAUCCUUGCGGUUGCCUCGGGCUGUUACCAACUCUCACGACACUCGCGGAUCUGUCCACAUUUGGUUGCUGUCUCCAAUCAGAAUUUACAUGGCAAGUCAGGGCCAUACGGCUAUUUUCCGUUGGAGGAGGAAAGGAUAUGCCAUCUCGAUGUCUACCUUCCUUCACGUCGUGUAAGUGCAAGGCGACCGCGUUGGUAUUUGGGGGCCAGCUUUCUCCCUAUUCAGCGACAGCCAAAUACGAGAACGGUAGGACCCAGUACGUUGAUCUUAACGCAUUUGGAGCGGUACAAGUUGGGAAAUGCGGCAGUAGCGAUGUGGAUGCCUCACGCUCUGCAUGGCAUGCAGGGUUUGGUCAGAAAUGACCAAGGCAAAUCCAGUAUUGAGUGGCGGAAGUGCCUCAAACCACGUUUUACACCUGGAACCCCUCUCACUAGUCUAAGGUGA